AUGUCGUGUACCCAGUCCAAGCGCCAAACAACUAAGACUGACCUUCCUCUGGAAGUGAUUGAUGAAAUUGUUCAACACAAUCAUGCAGACGCGCCUGCCUUGAAGUCCUCGUCCCUUGUUUCAAAGUCGUGGCGGGCGGCGUCUCUUCGAUACCUAUUCUCCUAUGCCGAUUUCUCGUCUCCGGAAGAUCUGUUGCGUUGGAAGAAUAUCGGUUCAUCUCUCCCUCAUAUCAUCAGGUUCGUUCGAGCGGCCAGAUUUUCACCCGGAGCACGUCUCAAGGACAUGGAACUCAAGAUACUAGACAACCAGUUUCCCCCAUCAUUACCUCAGUCUGAAAAGCGUCUUGCCGCCAUUGAACGUAUUUUGUCUCACCCAUCUCGUAAUACCUCCAAUCCGGUGAAUAUUCCCCUUCCCAGGAUGCCUCAAGUGACGGUCUUCGUGUGGAGCACAUCCCAGACGCGUCCCAUCCACUGUACACCUGAAACACAGCAGUUAAUCUCUGCGUUUACUUCUGUUGAACGGCUCGUGUUUUCGGGCUCGUUCAUCAACGUCGCGCAUGCCAAGGCAUUCUUGGGACUAUUCCCUCCUCUCAGAACGUUUCAGGUGAACCGUAUUGAAAUCUCACGACGUUCGAGUUCAUCCGAUUCUGACCCUCCGUUUGUCUUCACGGGUGAUCUAACGAAACUCGAGGAGUUGAUCAUCGAAAAGGCUCUAACGCCUUUGGAUUGGCUAGUUCAUGAGGUUCUCGCAAUUUCACAACUUACCAAUCUUCGGAAAAUUAGAUACUCAGAUGCUUCAAUUUUCUCGAUCGAAGCACUGGCCUGCCUACUGAGUCUUAGCGCAGGAUCUCUCGAGGUACUCUGUAUUCCGGCUUGUGCAGGAUCUGAAUUUCCAACCUUUACCACACCCCCUUUUAUCGAGCUCGUGUCACUUACUUUAAGUAUCGAGCUCGAGACGCAGACACUUUUGCUUGACCUCCAGCUGUGCAAGAAUGCGCUAGAAAUUCUCCCUUCGGCCCCCAAACUCACUGAAUUUGUAAUCCAGUUAAAUGCAUACUCCUCAGAGGAUAUCACGAUUAUCAUGAAGGAAAGUACCUUCGACUGGGCCCACUUUGCAGAGACCGCGCUAUGGCGUUUCCCGACACUCAAGAGGUUUGUGUUUCGGGUGUCUAUGGACAAGGAAUUCAAUCCGACGGAAAAAGAUGCAAUCGGCAUGUCUGUGGCAAAGGCGCUGCUCGGCACGCUGGGACAGAGGUUGGACAUAGAAUGGAUUGAGAGCUAUGGAAGGAAAGAGGGUUGGAAACUCCAUUAA